AUGGGUACCAGAAAGAUUUUCUUACAGGAAGCAGGGGGUCUUUCAUAUCAACAUGAAAAGUACCAUGCUCCAAUCAUCCAUACAGAUAUAAGAACUAGCAACAUUCUACUUGAUAGAGAAUUGCAGCAAAAAAUAGCAAAUUUUGGGCUUAUAAGACUGCUACCAGAAGAUACGACUCAUCUUAGCACAAAAUUCUCAGGGACUUUGAAUAGUGGUUAUGUAGCACCUGAAUAUGCAAUUUAUGGGCAAUUAUUUGAGAAAGUUGAUACAUACAGCUUUGGUGUGGUGGUCCUAGAAAUCAUUAGUGGAAAGAGAUACAAGGAUGUUGACUACCAAUUAGUCACUCAAAAUCUCCUUGAUCAUGCACGGGAUCUACAUGAGAGUGGAGCGCAUCUGAAUUUAAUGGAUGAGAAACUAGAUCCUAGUGAAUAUGCAGUAGAACAUGUUGUGGAGAUCAUCAAGAUAGCAUUGAUGUGCACUCAACCACCAUCAACUAGACCUACAACUUCUGAAGUGGAAUGGGAAGGAUUAAUUGAAUUGAUGGGAAUUGAAUCAAGAGCUGUAGGGGGUCUUGAAUUUUUACACAAGGAGACAUCAAUGUCCUUCAAAACUAUAGAUGAUGUCCAAGUCUUACUCUAUGCAUUUUUUUCUUACGUCGGUGGUGGCGAAGUUCAAGAUUAA